GCUCCCUGAGUUGAACGGCCUUCGCCUCUACAUCGUCUCGAGCAAAACGAUCAUCAUCUUUCAGUGUCGAGGCAUAGGAAACGCGUCAGUGGCACUCACCAGCUCCGGACCGGCUUAUCUCGCGCAAGAAACUUCUCGUACGGUUGAGUCUAUUCGGCUCUUACGGACUCAGCCACUCAGAGCGCUCCGCUCGCAGCAACCACGACGGUGCUUCGAAGCGUUCCGCACGCCGACAGCUGGUGAUCGGAUUCAGAACGGUUCGGCGGUAUGGCGGGGGUCGGACGAAGGACGCUCUACCGCAAAUCGGUCACGGACGACUAUCUCAACAGCACGCCCGAGCCGGGCGAGAACGAGGAGAUCGCGCUGGCGCAAGCUCCCCGAGGCUCCAAUAUUAUCGAGAUCAUGCUGGCCAACGGAGAACCAUCGCUGGCGCUCCUCCCCACGAGAUUCCGCAAGCUGAUCUGGGUGAAGCGUGGGGACUACCUCAUCACUUCCACCUCGGCGGGGGACUUCGAAACAAGCGCAGGGGAGACGGGGAAAGUAAGACAUCGCGUGGAACACAUCCUCAACAAGGACCAAAUAAAGCACCUCAAGAAACGAGAGCUCUGGCCGGCGGACGAUGCUUUCGGCGGGGCUCUGCUUGCUGCAGGGGCGGGGUCGAGCGGCCCUAGAGAGGGCUGGGGGGACGCGGUUGCCGACGGUGGUGGGAGCAGCGCUAGCGGUAGUGGUAAAGGAAUGGGUGCCGCCGCGAUAGAAGAAAAAGUCAGUGGGGGGGGGGAGGUCGCGGCAGCGGCAGCGACUGCAAUAAAGGAAGCCGGUUCCGGUGUCAAGGUGGGCGGGGAUGGGGCAGGAGAGGUCACGAGCGGGGCAGGGCGUGGUGAAGAAGAGGAGGAGGAGGAGGAGGAGGAUGACAUGAGCGAUUUGUUCGUGAACAACAACAGGGCGGCUAUGAUGCAGCUGCGGGUGGAUCACGGAGAUGACGAGGAAGACUCGGAUUCGGACUCGGAUGAGGAAUGAGAAGGAAAGCGUUGCAAUUGUGUGCGUGGUCGCUCUUUCGCUUUUGAAGAAGCCACCCUCAAUCGUGCAAUCAGAAGGGCCCCUCCAGAAGUGGAGUGGCGUUCGGUGUGGUGACCUUCGACGGGAUAACAACGCGCGAUAGAGAUUACCCGUUGGUGCCAAUGAUUGAAGAGAAGCCGGGGGGCCUUUUUGUACGUACGCAAAUUUCGUUUGGGCUCCAUUUCGGCGGUCUUGAUGGGCGAUCUCUGCAUAUCCGACGAACCGGUUAGUUUUUCUAGUGGGGGCUUGCACAAUGGCCCGUGCACCAAGCGAGCCCAUCGCGAAGUAUCGAGACGAAGGUUACCUCGAACACACCCAUUGAUGGGAAAACCAGCCGCGUCAUCACGAUUCAUCGAACAAAAUAACAACGUACACGUUCCGCCGCCCUGUCACCGUUGUUUGUACUGGUU